GUAGGUGCGCGUGCUGGCAAAGGCAGGAAGAGGAGGGAGGCGCCCGCCAUGCAGGGCCCGCUGCUCCCCGCCUCGGCCUCCCGCCCGCCGCCCCCGCGGCACGGCCAGCCGCAGCCCCUGUGAGGAGGAAGAGGCGGCAGCGACGGCGGUGAACGAGGCGCCGCCCCCUCGGCGAGCUCGGCGACCUGGCGGCCCCGGCAGGACCCAUGGCGGAUCCCACGGCCGCACCGUCCCUGCGGGAAGGCGGCUCCCGCGCGCCGCGGGCCUCGGCGCCCUCGCCGCCGCCACCGCCGCGUUCGCGCUCGGGCUCCGAGUCGGAGGAGGCCGAGCUAUCGCUGAGCCUGGCCCGCACCAAGACCCGCUCGUACGGCAGCACGGCCAGCGUGCGGGCGCCGCUGGGCGCCGGCGUCCUCGAGCGCCUCGUGGAACACCGGGUUCGCGCCGGUGACACGCUGCAGGGCAUCGCGCUCAAGUACGGAGUCACGAUGGAGCAGAUAAAAAGAGCCAAUAAACUGUUUACCAAUGACUGUAUAUUUCUGAAGAAAACUUUGAACAUCCCAAUUAUAUCAGAGAAGCCUUUGGUGUUUAAUGGCCUUAACUCCAUUGAUUCUCCGGAAAAUGAAACUGUUGAUAGCAGUUUUGCUCCGGAGGAGCUGCCAGUGGGGGUGGAGGAAGACUUCCCUCCUCCCAGUCCCCAAGAGCCCGACGUUCAGCCUGGGGAGCCCGAAGACGUGACCGCCAGGGAUUUCCUGCGGAGACUUGACCAGCAGAUUAAGUUAUCGACACAGGCAGCCAAGAAACUAAAAGAAGAAAGCAGAGAUGAAGACAGUCCCUAUGCAAGUUCUCAUUAUCACAGUUAGGUGGCGAGGGCCAGCGCUGUCCCCUGGAUUAAGCGAUGGUUGGACCACAAGGAACCCAACAGCUGAAGAGUCCGACUCGUCCGUUUGGAUUCCCUUGGUCUGCGAAGUUGCUCCGCCUUCUGCAGUUACGCUCAUGUAGUGCCCUCUGGCUUUCCACACGUUGAUGUGUUCUUUAGAGCAUGAUCGCAGUUGUAUCCUCCAGCUCAUCACUUCUGCAGGGGUGCUAGUUCUAGACGAGCUUUUGUAGGUACCGGUUGAUAUAAAGCAUCAAAGACUAU